AUGGAGACAGCAGUGUUUUCGCUUGUGACUGUGCUACGUGGCGCGGAUGGUCUAUCGAAAGGCUGUGCAUUCGUCAAAUUUGCAUCGCAUUCUCAAGCAGCAAUGGCAAUCAACGCAUUGCACGGUAGCCAAACGAUGCCCGGUGCUUCGUCAUCGCUUGUGGUCAAAUUCGCUGACACGGAGAAGGAGCGGCAGUUGCGCCGAAUGCAGCAAAUGGCCGCCCAAAUGGGUUUGCUCAAUCCGGUACUGGUCACCCAGGCUGGCGUCUAUAAUGCUGCUUACCAGCAGCUAUCAGCGGCCGGAUUAGCGGGCGCCGCGAAUCCAGCAGCAUUCCUGUCGCAGCAUGCCUUGCAGCCGUUUUCAGCUCUAUCGCUCCAGCAACCGAAUGCCGUUCAAGGGAUUUCCACAUUAUCUCAACCGUAUACACCUGCUGAUUAUGCCGCUGCUGCAGCCGCUGCAAGCGUCUCACAGUAUGCUCAUGGUGAAGGCCUUAAUUCAGUGUCGCCAUGGAACUUCAUCAGUACAGUAGUACGAUGCUAA